CUUAUUGAUGCUGUUUCUCGGAUGGUGAGGUUAGAUUUUGAAUCCUAUUGUGAAGCUGUUGUUGAUGGCUCAAAGCUACUUUUUCUUGAUCAAAGCUACUUGAGUAAGCUCUUUGACGAUGGAUAUGCUAAAGGUAAAUCCCUGGAACCAUAA